AUGUAUAGCUCAAUAAAAUCAAUAAAAAGGGAAAAAACAGAAUUCAUUAAAAUUGAGGAGUUUCUAGAGCAGAUACUGGCUCCCCCAAGGUAUCCUCACCUGAGUUCCAAGAACAAGGAAUCUUUUGAUAUGGGCUGUAAUCUCUUUGCCAAGUUUUCUGCAUACAUUAAAAACAUGCAAAAGGAAGCAAAUAAAAUUGUUACAUUAACACUGGCUGGCUGCAGUUUGUUAGCCAAACUGAACAUUAUGAAAGUUGGUGCCAUGAAGUAUCAUGACUUUGACAUUCCAGCAGAAUUCUCAGGAGUCUGGCGCUAUCUCCACAAUGUCUAUGCUCAUGAAGAAUGUGCCCACACUUGUCCUGAAGACAAAGAAAUUGAAAAUAUGUAUGCAAGUCUGGCUAAACAGUAG